AUGUUGAAUAGUUUGGGCACACCUCGUGACCGAUGGGAUGUCUGUGCUUCGGACAUCGCCAGGCGUACUCACAAUCCUAUCAGGGCUAUUGUCGAGAAUAUUGUCGUGGAGCCAAAUCCAAAUAAAAAGCUGAUAGCACUUUCUAUCGGUGACCCAACUACUUUCGGGAAUUUGAAGCCCCCGAGAGAAGUUAUCGAGGCGUUGCAGCAAAGUGUCGCUUCCUUUGAGUUUAAUGGAUACGCACCCAGCACAGGCCAUCAAAUAGCGCGAGAAGCUGUCGCGGAAUAUUGUUCAACAGAGAAUCUCAAAGUGGAAGCUAAAGAUGUGAUAUUGUGUAGUGGGUGUUCAUGUGCGUUAGACUUAUGUAUAACAGUACUUGCAAAAGAAGGGCAGAAUAUUCUGAUACCGAGACCAGGAUUCUCUCUAUACCGGACACUUGCCGUUGGACUGGGUGUGGGAGUCAGAGCUUACAAUCUUUUGCCGGAUCUCGGGUGGGAGAUAGACCUCGAUCAUCUCGCAUCGCUAGUUGACGAGAGGACUGCUGCAAUCAUUGUAAAUAAUCCUUCAAAUCCUUGCGGGUCUGUCUACAGUCGUCAUCACCUGUUGGAUAUUAUUGACGUCGCUGCUAAGUAUCAUGUUCCAAUUAUUGCCGAUGAAAUUUACGAGCACAUGGUCUUCCCUGGACGAACCUUUUACCCAAUGGCCUCUCUGUCGACAGAAGUACCAAUCCUCUCAUGCAGCGGAUUAGCCAAAAGGUUUCUGGUCCCCGGAUGGCGGAUGGGAUGGGUAAUAAUUCACGACCGACAAAAUAUAUUCAAUAAUGAGAUACGCAACGGUUUACAAAGUUUGAGCCAAAGAAUAAUUGGAAGCAGUACAAUAAUUCAAGGAGCAUUACCGGGAAUACUUAAAAACACGCCUCAAAGAUUUUUCGACGACGUUACCAAGCUGCUAUACAACCACUCGAUAACGACGUUCAAUCUUAUUAAGGAGAUUCCUGGACUGAAGCCAAUUAUGCCUGAUGGAGCGAUGUACAUGAUGGUGCACAUAGACUUAGAGUCCUUCCCGGAAUUUAAUACUGAGGUUGAUUUUGUCGAGCGUCUAUUGAUGGAAGAGUCUGUUUUCUGCUUGCCUGGAGGUUGUUUUGAUUUACCUUCCUACAUAAGAUUGGUAAUAACAGUACCAGUAGAAAUGCAAGAAGAAGCCUGUAAGAGGAUCCACGACUUUUGUUAUCGGCACCAUUGCAAGACACAAAAUCUAAUAAGAAAUUCUAUCGAGGGCGUCGAGAUACCUUAUUAA